AUGAAGGUACACAUGCCCAAAAGUAUAGUUGAUGGUGUAUACCAAAACUCAAUUAAUUAUGAAAAUGUUGGUAUUGCAAUAUCUCAACUUUUUGGCAUUAUAACUAAUGAUGCUUCUCGUUUGGAAUUAAUUAUUUUAUAUACAACGGAAAGCGUUAGCUCCAAUGAAGUUGAUAAAUUGAGUAAUGAUGUGGAAAUGUCAUUACCAUGGUGUGUUAAUAAAUUAUCUGUGUUUGUUAAAUCGCAAAAUAGUGUUAAUUUGGAUAACUUAAUCAAUAAAAUCUGUGGCCUUGGUGUAGAAUAUGUGAUUGUGAAUGAAUAUUGCAUGGAAUCUCAUGUUUUAAAAUUGUUUUCUAUUAAAUAUAAUAAUUUGGAGAAGUUGGAAUGUGAAUUUAAUAUAUUAAGUAAUGAAUUUGAUCUGCUAAAAAAGUUUGGUUAUAACACUUGCAAUUAUACCAUAUUUAUCGAAGAUAAUAUUUCUAUUAAGGAAAUAAAAGCUGGAUUACAUGUUUCAGACAAAUCAUUAGCUAUGAAAAUUAAGAAUUUGAUUGAGUCUAUUGAUUUGGAACAGUUGACAAUUGAUGGAGAUAGUGACACAUUUAAUACGGAUAUUAGUGUAAAUAAAAUUAUAGAGGAUAGUGAAGCUAAAUAUGUUAAUGAAAGUAACACAGUUAUUUCAUUAUUAGCACAAAUUUGUGUGUUAUUCAAAAAUGGCACUGAAAAACAUGAUUUGGAAUCAAUGGUUAAACAGAAAUUUUUCAGUUUUGUUACCUAUGUUGGCGAUAAAGUAAAAGUGGAAGAUUAUGAUUAUUUGACAGCUGCCAUUACCAAAGUUGAGGUUAAAAACGUUGAGAAUGAGGAAUGUACAGACGAAGGAAGAAUGGUUACUAUUGGAGCUAAAAUUAAAUCUAAGGGCAAUAUUAAGGGUAAAAUUAAGGGUAGUAAAGGCAGCAAGCCAAAAAAGAAAUCUGAUAAUAAUCCUAAAAAUAUCAUUUCAAAUAAAUCGAUUUCUCUGGCAAAUAGAGUAUCAUAUACACCUAUUACCAAAACUGGUAAACUAGACUUAAACAUUGAAUUUAACCCCAGUAAUUCGGCCAUAAUUAUAAAUCCUCAAAGUGAUACGAGUGUUAUUGAAGGCGAUAAUGAUAGAAAUGAGUCGGAUUUUGAAAGAAAUAAUUGUGAUACAGACGAGAAAAAUCACUACAAAAUAUCUCUUCUAUUCAAGCUAGAGUCUCUUAAGUCAAUAUGUGGAUUUUACCAAUCUAUACCUGUAACCAUUCCAUUUUAUCGACUAGUUAAUCAACUAAAUAUAUCUACCACUGGUUAUAAUACAUACAAUAAACUUCCGUAUCUGAUUAAUACAUACAACCCACGAUCAUUACUACCUGAUAACAUUGUUAUAAACCCACACGCUAAAAUGGAACGGCCCUACUGGAUUUCACCAAAAAAUUCCAGUGUCGCUGUUGUUUCUGGUAAAUAUGCUUACUACCACUACUGCAUGGAUGACAUUGAAGAUUCGGGUUGGGGAUGUUGUUAUAGGUCUCUGCAAAUGGUGUGGAGUUGGUAUUUAUUGCAGAAUUAUACCGUGGCAAAAGUGCCCAAUCACUGGGAAAUUCAGCGUAUUUUGAAUGAAAAUGAUACCACUGGUAGGGUAAUAAAGGUUGGGAGUGAUACAUGGAUUGGCACAGUAGAAUGCAGUUACAUAAUUAACUGGAAAUUGAAUAUGAUUUGCAAGAUAUAUUAUCUGAGUGAUUCUAGUUAUCUACCAGACUAUUCUAUGGUAAUUAAAGAACACUUAUUGGUGCAGAAAACACCAAUAAUAAUUGCAGUUGGCUGCUAUGCAUAUGUCAUAGUCGGAAUUUGUAUUGAUAAUGAUAAUGAGCCCACUUAUCUCAUUGCUGACCCGCAUUACUCUGGGCAGAAUAGCCUGAAAUCAAUCGCAUCCAAGGGUGUGGGUUGGAAGAGGAUAGAUUUUUUGAAUAAGGUAGUCGAUUCCGGUUUUAUAAACCUAUUGCUGCCACAAACUAGUCUUUAUAACGAUUAA